CAGCUGAAGCCAAUUGACAACGUUGCAACGUAAACGUAAACAUUGUAGUUGAAUAUUUUGGCUAUUUCGUAGGUCAAUAUAUUUAAAAUAUGGAUUAUGAAAAUGAAAAAGUAUUGAAAUUAGUGUUUCCGGAUAAUUAUGAAGAACUGCUCAGUGGCGACACCGCUUCCGAAGUUACGGACUACAUGUUUAGACUUGGCUCACUGAAGGUUGAUCAGCUCAAAAAAGAAAAAAUAAGGCUACAGGAUGAGCAUAAGCAGAAUGUUGAACAAACACAGGAUUUGGCAGUUAAUAAUUAUCGGACAUUCAUCGAAACUGCAGAGUGUUCGCGUGAAAUAUAUCGUAAAUUUGCAGAAACAGAAAAACGGGUUGAAGUUUUAGAUAAAAAGUUGCCUGAAUUCGAGACUACCUGCCAAGAAUUUCUGGCAUCCUCUAGCAAUAUAAAUAGUGCUCGUAGAUUAAACUCGUUAACAUUAACACGCAACGCGGAGCUGUUAGAAAUUCUUGAACUCCCACAAUUGAUGGAGACCUGUAUUCGGGAAAACAAGUACGAUGAAGCGUUGGAACUAGCCGCUUAUGUUCAGCGUAUUGGCAGUAAGCAUGGAAACAUUCCAGUGAUUGCUAACAUUCAAGCUGCAGUAGAAGCUGCUUGGCACACCAUGCUAAUUCAAUUGCUAUCGCAAUUGCGAACAGAUUUGCAAUUACCCAAAUGUCUACAAGUGGUAGGUUAUCUGCGCAGAAUGCAAGCUUUUACAACACCAGAACUGAAACUGAAAUUUCUCCAAAUAAGAACUAGUUGGUUUAGGAAUUUGCUCGGCAAAAUACCACAACAUGAUGCUCACACGCAUCUAACGAAAACAAUAGAAGCAACACGCAUUCAUUUAUUCAACAUUAUAACUCAAUACCGGGCGAUUUUUCCGGAUGAUGAAGAUGCAACAUCGGAUGUGUCCACCAUCACAUCUGAUCGAAACGCAACCGAUGGAAGCAAAAUAUUUCACAGUUGGCUGCACGAUCAAAUAGUCACUUUCAUCUGUACACUCGAGAAAGAUCUUGCUUCUAAUAACAUCAAUUCUUACGACACCAUUUUGGGACAGUGCAUGUACUUUGGAUUGUCUUUCAGCAGAGUAGGGGUUGAUUUCCGAUCACUAGUAGCUCCGGUGUUUGUGAAAGUUAUCUCCCAGAACUUUCAAGCAGCAAUCGUAAAGCAGACACUUCAAUUUGAGCAAGACAUAGAACGUUACACGUUAAUCAACAAAGUUUCAACAGGCAUAAAGCGAUCGAAGAAUGUUGACAAAGGCAGCAGUAGUACACAGCCUCCAGAAAGUCUGCUAGAUUUCACCCCUCUGGCAAUCUACUGCAACGGCAUUUUGACUGUUUUUAAUGAGCUGCGACUAUGUGCUCCAAUUGCACUAGCUCCUGUAGUCACUGAAACUUUGGAGGGGUCGCUGGAAAACGUGUGCAGAAAUAUUCUCUCAUUCUAUCGUCAGGAGCAGCAGGCGUUCACAGUCUCAGAACGAGAAUGUUUCACACGAUUCUGCUCUUGUUUUGCGUAUGAUUUGAUACCAUAUUUGCAGCGCUGCAUGCAUUUCAUUUUUCCUCCCCCGACUAUUGCAAAUCACUUAGGCAUUAAUGUUCUCACGCUGCAGAAGCAUGGAAUUACCUAUUUGAAACAAAAAAGGAUUUUGGACCCUAUCAGCUACCUGCUGCCUGAUAAAAUCGAAGCCGUAAUCAAACAGGUGAGCGAGGUUAGCAUCGAACCGCGUGCAGUUUCAACGACAGCGCAGCAGCAGCUCGCAACAGCUGACGAAGAAAAAGAAGCGUCUGGAGAUAAAGUUGAUUAGGGCACCGGGCGUCGACAUGUGCUGCUUACCAAUCACUUUAGUUCAGAUUUGUGGAAUACCAUAGGCAAAACAUAAUGGUACAAGUCAUGUCUUUACGCUAAGAAGCAGAUAAGAUUAAAAAUAUAUAAUACCUUCCUACAAAAAAAACCUAGUCUAAUUCCCUCCAAAAUCGUACGAUGCUAAUUGAUGUUGAACAGGUAGAAACCGCCCAAAAUAAAGUGCAUAUGCAUGCUUGAAGGCAGUUCCUAAUUCGAA